UGCCUAUGGUGGCUGGGUAUGGAUUAACAGUUUGUACAUAUGUGUAUGUCUUUAUAACGUCACAGAGCUAUGUUUAAAGAAACGUGUAUGACUAAAAGAGUACCUAAAAUAUCGAAAAAUAAAUUGCAUUUUAAUAUCUGAGUACUUUGUAGAAUUCUACCGCUGCAUAUAAAAUGAGUGAACAAUCAAUUGCUUCAGCAAGAGCUUCUGUGUUAGUUUAUGAUUCAAGUGCAAAAAAGUGGUUACCUAGUGGAUCCUCUAGUGGUUUGUCAAAAGUGCAUAUUUAUCAUCAUGUUGAAAAUAAUACAUUUCGUGUUGUGGGUAGGAAAGUACAAGAUCACGAAGUUGUCAUAAACUGUUCAAUUUUGAAAGGAUUGAAAUAUUUCCAAGCUACUCCUACAUUCCAUCAAUGGCGUGAUAACAGCCAAAUUCAUGGACUAAAUUUUGCUAGUCGUGAAGAUGCAGAAAAUUUUGCUCUUGCAAUGGAAAGAGUUUUAGACAUCCUUGGUCAUAGCAGUAUGUACAUGAGUAGCCAUCGAUCUCCCCAUUCUCAGCCAUUGUACCAGACGAUUGGUCACAGUGGUGUAAGCCUCGAUGAUUAUGCAGAAUAUAGAGGAUGGAUGAACAGUGAAAAUGGAGACAGAAAUUCAAAUUCAGACUAUGGGCACUAUAGAAGUAGUAACCAUGCUUCUCACUCCAGUCAUCCCAAUACCCCUGGUAGUAUUGCAACAUCUCCAAGCUCCUACAGUCAUCAUCGUGCUUCUUCUGUACCCUCAGUUUCUCAGCAACAGUUGUCAGUGACUCCACACCAGCCCUCCCCACAGUCUAGUAUUCCGCCACCUCCACCCCCUCCUCCUCCAACGAAUUCUACAAUUUCUGGAAUUGCAACUUUGCCAAGACUACAUUUGAACCCCAGUGCCGGGCAAGAAAUUACAGAAGUAACUUUAGCAGCUGCCUUAGCUUCUGCAAAAUUGAAGAGGACUUCUGUGAAACCAGCGGAAUCAAGUUCUACUGAAAAUAAACUUCCUACUCCAGGGAAACCUCCUGCAAUGGCUUGUAUGAUGGAUGAAAUGGCCAGAACUUUAGCCAGAAGACGAGCUCAAACUGACAGCACUGUGGACACAGAAAGCAUUUAUAGUAAUGACAGCAACAGAAGUUGGAAUAGACAGAGCUCCAUUAAUGGAUGCAGCCCAAAUAAAAAUUCUGGGGAUGAAUCACCGUUAUCCUUGCGCAGAUCUGACUUGGAUGUUGACAACAGAAACCAUAUUGUCAUAGAUGUUUGUGAAAUUGAUAAAAUUAAGCAAGAAAUUAUGACAGAGUUAAAGAAAGAAAUGAAUAAAAUGAAACAAGAUAUAAUAGAUGCAAUCAAAAUGGAAUUAAACAGGAGGUAAAGGUUUUGUACAGCAGUAUCAAUGAACUAUAAGACACUUUACUGAGGAUGAUCCUAAGAAUUACAAGUUUGUACAUUUUUACAUCUAAAUAUAGCUUGGAUAUAUUCUUGACCGAGCCAAAAACUUUUUUUUUCAUUUACAUUUUGAUGGCAACUUGUGAUCAUUGCCACUCUAAAAUGUAUUGAAAUAUUUCCUUUUGUCUCUUUUUUGUCUAUACCAAAGUUUUUUGUAACAUUUUUAUACCUAACUUAUAAAAGCAAAUUUAUCUAGCUAUUUGAUACCAUUUGCAUUUUAUAUGUGAACAGACAGAAUAUAUGAAGCAGUGAGAAGUAAAAGGAUGUCAGUGGAUAUUUAAAGUCUUGAUUAUAAAAUAUGUGUAAAUUCAAGACCUAGGUAGGAUUUCAUUGAAAAGUUUCUAAAUCAUGCUGUAUGGCAGCACCUACCAGGCCUACUGGUACCAUCUCUAAUGCCAAAACAGAUGAGAUUCAUCACCCAUGUACGUGUUUUCUCCAAAGUUUUAAUUUUGCCACUUACACCUCUUUGCUUUUUUGGUGCUUCAUAUAGGAUUUUGACUUCAUAUUUAAUUGUAUGAAAUUGGUUUACACAGUUCAGAAUGUGAAAAAGAGUGAAUAUUUAUUGAAAUAUUAAAAAAGAAAAAAGAAUCAU